AAUGGGAACUAAAACGUGGAAGAGAUACCGAAUCAUCUAAAGUAACAGUCUAGUCUAUGUCCUCCCUCUGCUUUGAUAUAGGAAUACGUAUGGCCUGUGGACACCUGUGCGUGCGGCAAGCACCAACUGUCUGUAUACGUGAGAGUGCAUGCGUGGGUGUCGCAGCAGGCGUUUCUUUAUGAAUAGAGUAAUGGUGCUCCCGCCUUGAGUGGUUCGCGAAUCAGCGAGUGUGGAUUUCUCAGUGAAAAGUUGUGCCGGAAUUAAGUAAAAGAAUUUAGUGCUAUUAAAUGCAGUCUCAGCGUACCUAUCGUUCUUCGGAAUUGACUGUGCAACUUGCUUGGUACAGGCCGAACGUUCAGUACAAGGGAAAGGGAUAACAAAAACAUCUGUAUUCGAAAUAUAUAGAUAGAGAAGGUACACAGAAUCCACCAUAGAAAUGAUAGACAAUCGCAUCUCGAUAAUCGUAGAAAUCACGAUAGAGGGAUCUUUACCACCGGAAGCGUCAUGCUACGUCGUCUAACCGCCGAAGAUCCGCAAAAAUCUCUCCCGCGAGGUAUCGCUUUUAUUCUUCUUUCAAAACCGACAGCUAAAUACGCGAGAGAUCGUGCAUCAGCCAGUUAGUCUGGCCGUUCAUCCUUCUGCCUGGUCGUCUACCCCUUCUGAACCGUCCUGACACAACGUUUAACGGGGGUAUAAAAAGAAUAAACAUGGUGGCGGCGUGAGAGAGAUAGAUAACGAGAAUCGCGAGAAAGGAGAAGGACGGAGAAAGAGGAAGGGUGGGAGAGAGAGAGAGAAAGAAAGAGAAGUCAGCCAGCUAGCUAGCCAGCCAGCCAGUCAGUGUGCCAGAAGCGACGAACUUCGUUUCGUGCUUGCCUUUGUUUCGAUGAAAAAUAAUCUGUCGUUCCUGAACAUCCACCCAACUUUUGCAUUUAUUCAUUUAUUAUCGUCUUAACAAACGAGAACAAAGAGACGAAAGUAACAAGUUUCUCACGAUUAACGCUGAGAGAGGACGUUUCGCUUGUAAACAGUUAUCAAGGUGCGGCCACGUUCAUCGUAUUCGCGGUGUUUGCUUCGAUUUUCAUGCGUGCACGGGGUCCACGACCGAGCGUGUGAGAAAUUCAGCAUAUUGUCUGGCAACGCGGUGCGGCUCGAUUUCGAUUUUGCAGUGUCGUCGUAGGUGUGAUAAUAUGAUAUGUUGCAAUCGAAAAAAUUCGGCACGAUUUGAUGACGACGAACGUUCGCCGGAUUGCUAUCGCGAGGAAUUUUCGUUCGAAUUGAUAUAAUGUGAACGAUUUAGCUACGAACCACAGGGAAUGUCGACGCAUGUAAAUAGAACACGUUCGUCCGUGAUUAUACGAAUAAUUAACUGCCCGAGAAGACUUGAGAAGCUGUACUUUCCUAAUUAAAAUCCGUCAAUAAAAUUCUGCUGCUAGAAAAGAUAUUCAUCGUGUACGACGUUCAUGACCAUCGAAUGACUUUCCAUCGAUUAUCAACGAUCAUUCGACGAGGACGAUUUACUUUUAGAAUUCUCUUCGCGACAAAUCGUUCGAAUCGAAUCGUAUAUGGCUGUUCUGAUUAACGGUUAUUACGCUUCAAGAAAGGUGAAUCUCGUCGAGAGUGAACAUCCAUUGUACGAAAAACGACAAUGUUGUUACUUUGACAGAGCUUGACGUACGUUCUAUUCGAAAGUUUGUCGGUUGAAGAAACUCGAAAAAAAAAGGAGAAAGAGGAAAAGGAAAAAAGAAAAUAUUCAAUGGAGCGAAGUCGUUCGUGUUGGCCGGCCUGGUGCCAAUAACCUCCAGUCAGAGAGGUGGUAGACAGUUUUCGCACGAUGCGUUUGCCCUCGUGCUUGAUAGAUUAUAAAAUUAGACGUUCGAAACUUCGUACGAAGGUAAAAGGAGCAUCGCGUCGUUCCAAUGCGGUAAAGAAGGUGGAGACACUGGCUGGUGAUAACGAGCGAAGGGUCAAGCGACGAAGGGAAUUAAUACAAGUCGGAUGAAUAAUUCUAAGGGGGGUAGACAGCUGUGCAUGGUAGUCAGAAGUGACGUCAGUCGUGUUGGGUUCAUAGUUCCUCUUAUUUUCAUCGUUCGAAGCCGCGUACAGAGGCCGUGCACGAAGGGGUGACAACGAAAGCGGCGAAUACGCGAAAUAAAGAAAGAAAGAAAGAAUAUACCCGUCGACGACCACGUUGAGCUUUUUUAACGAUCGAAGAUCGUCGCUCGCGCUCGCUGCAACAAGAAGAAUCAUCACAAUUUCUAGUCCGCUGCAUUUACAUCGAGAAGUCUUUUUUUUUCUUCUUUCCUUUCUCGACGAAAUAUUUUUAGACGAUCGAUUGUAUUUCAAGCCGCACGUGCGACCGCUUCAUCGGCAUCAGGGAUCGAAUCUUAUUCGACACGCUUUUCUAAAGAAUUAAUGCGCAUUUAUCGAGCACGCAUCGCAGUUUGUUCGUAAUAUACUUCGUAAAGUCUUAGGAGAGUUAAUUAAUAAUUUCAAGGUUCACUAAAUAGUCGUCGAGGAGACAAAGUAUAGAAAGAAAAGGAGAAGCAUUUUGCACGUUUCAUUUCAGCAGACACCGAGAACGAGACUGAAAUUCAAAUCGCAUUAAAUCCUUUAGUUGAUUAAUUUAUUCGAGGCGAACUAACUUACAUGAAAAGCUAGUUAACGAGAUCGGCAGAUUGACUAGAUUUACUCCUAUAUUAUACAUAUAUAUUGUAUACAAAUAUAAAAUAAACUGACGUAGACCUGCGAACUCUGCAAAACGGGAAGGAAGAUUGAAGUAAGGUGAGCAAUAACAAUCGCGUUUAAUUAGUGUAUUAAUCUCAACGAACCAAUAUGUUUUUUAUCCAAACGACAAUACAUCGUGACACGUUAGAACAGAUAAUAAUAGCCGAAAUCACGAGAGAAAGAAGACCUUAGAGAAAGAAGACACCUUAUCGAUCCGUAUCGGGGUACGAGUAAUCAUCCAAUGAUUGCUUGUUUCAUUUCCUUCGAUAAACGACCCGUUGGUCUGCCCGGGACGAAACACACGCUCGAACAUCAUCGUCAAAUGGACACAAAUGACUAGCUUAACGUUAUCUUCGAGCACGUUCGAGAUGCCCCGGUCUAGACCAAAACUGUUCGUACCCGCGAACGCGAUCUCAACGCAGACUUUCACCGCUUCGGCGAGCGAAAGCAAUCAUCUACCACCCCUGAAGAGUAACACGUUAGCUUUGAAGCAGUCUGCCAGUGAAUCGUCGCCUAGUUACUUGACCCGCACCAGUCACAUGGCUGGUACUCAUCUGCCGAGCUUAAGUUCCAGCGCUAACAACAGCCUGCUCAGCCUGACCGGGAACUCGGAAAGUUUAAACUUGAGCCUGAGCUCGCACACAAGCCACAACUCGAGCCACAAUUCGAGUCACAAUUCGAGUCAUAAUUCGAGUCACAAUAAUUCCAGUCAUAACUUCACUCAUAAUUCCAGUCAUAAUUUCAGUCACACCACCACCACCACCACCACUACAGCUCACGAGUCUCAGCAUACGCAGUCAAACAGUCAAUCGAGCACCGCGUUGGUGGUGAAGAAUGGAUGUUCGAACGGAAGUUCCUGCGGCAGUGGUAUACGUAAGCCGAAGACGAUUACCGCCACGCCCGAUGUCGUGCUGAAGAUUUACGUGGAUAAGCUGACGCCUUACGAACACCACGAGAUCUUUAAUUAUCGGCAUAUAUACUUUAUCGGGGCGAACGCGAAGAAGAGGCCGGGGAUAAUCGGUCGGCCUCACAACAACGGCUACGACAACGAACAUGGUUCCUAUAUCCACGUGACUCACGAUCACGUGGCCUACAGGUACGAGGUGCUGAAGGUGAUCGGUAAAGGGUCGUUCGGUCAGGUUGUGAAAGCGUACGAUCACAAGAAACAGGAGCACGUUGCCCUGAAGAUGGUCAGGAACGAGAAAAGGUUCCAUCGUCAGGCACAGGAAGAAGUGAAGAUAUUGAGGAAGCUACGCGAACAAGAUAAGGACGAUACGAUGAAUAUCAUUCACAUGUUCGAUUCGUUUACGUUCCGUAACCACAUGUGCAUCACCUUCGAAUUGCUCAGUAUUAACCUGUACGAGCUGAUCAAGAAGAACAAGUUCCUGGGCUUCAGUAUGCAGCUCGUGAAGAAGUUCGCGCACUCGCUGCUACAGUGCCUCGACGCUCUUUACAAGAACAGGAUCAUUCAUUGCGACAUGAAGCCGGAGAAUGUUCUUUUGAAACAGCAGGGACGCAGUGGUAUCAAGGUGAUAGACUUUGGUUCGAGCUGCUACGAGAACCAACGCGUCUACACGUACAUUCAAAGUCGCUUCUAUCGCGCUCCGGAGGUGAUCCUUGGCGCUAAGUACGGUAUGCCGAUCGACAUGUGGAGCCUCGGUUGUAUCCUGGUGGAGCUGGUUACCGGUUUCCCAUUGCUACCAGGCGAAGACGAGGCGGACCAACUAGCCUGUAUCAUCGAGUUGCUAGGCAUGCCACCGCCUCAGCUGUUAGAAUCGGCGAAACGGCGCAGGCAGUUCAUCAGUUCGAAGGGUUAUCCGCGCUAUUGCACCGUUAUAACGAUGUCCGACGGAUCGAUCGUAUUGAACGGUGGUUUCUCCAGGAAAGGCAAAGACCGUGGCCCACCGGGUUCCAGGAAUUUGAGACAGGUGUUGAAAAAUUGCGAUGACCCGUAUUUCCUGGAUUUCAUUCAUCGUUGUCUCAAAUGGGACCCGGAACAACGGCUGACACCUGGCAAAGCGUUGAAACACAUAUGGCUGCGUCGCAGGUUACCAGAGCUUCCAGAGAAAACGAACGACGCUCUGCCAGCGUUGCCGGCAGCCUCUGCGCCGCCUACCUCCGCUUCCGGCCUUCGUACUUCCGCGUCCGGUAGGAAGAGCUCGACCAAGUCGAACACCCUGCAGACCAACAAUACGGAGAACACGAACAAGGUGAAACAGUUGAACGACAUCUUCCAUACAAUGUCUACCAUUUAUUCGGCGCUGCAACGUAACGACGGUGCAAGAGGAAGAACAAAAGGUCAACCGGUAGCAACGAAUCAUCAGGCGGCAACCGUCAGCAGUCAUCCAUCUUUGAACUCUAUUAGUGGUGACGCUAGUAGUAGUGGCGGUGGUGGUGGUGAUGGUAGCAGCAGUAGCACUAGUGGUGGUCAACAGCAACAGCCGCAGCCGCAGCAACAGCAGCAAGCACAGCCACAGCAGCAGCAGCAACAACAGCAGCAGCAUAGUCACCAAUUGCAAGGAAAACAACAGCACAACAAUGGUUCGCACGGAUCUCACGCUUCUCAAGGAUCCCAUGGUUCUCAUGGAUCACACGGAUCCAACGGAUGGAGCAUAUCGUUCUUCGAGUGGCUGGAAACGGUGGACAAUGAUUAGCAAGGACAUUCUCGAGGAACCGAAACGAUUCAUAAGAAAUACGAGGUCAGCCUUACUACCUUUUUC